GCGGUCAAUUGUCACCAGGUCAUCAGUGUAUUAAAAAAACACCUCUGGAGAUCGUCAGAUCAGACAGAGAAAAUGGCUACCCUGGUAGUUGCCAUGGUGAUGCUUGGAAUAGUGAAACAAGUGGACUGUAUUCCCGUUGACCAGCUACUUUCCAUCCAGACAAAAUAUGAACACGAUACAUUCCUUCCAGGCAUUGGGAUUUCUGAUUCUACUCAAAGGGAGAAUAUGCUACAAAGCUUGCUUCAGUAUGCAGAUAAAGCAAGCAGAAACAAAAUAGAGCAGAUAAAGUUGCAACCUGACAGUGUGAACAGAUUGUCGAGAAGAAAAAGAAGUGCAGAGGAAACAGAGAACACAAUAGAUGAUGCAUCUAGAGAUAUGUUGCAGCUGGUAUCCAUCACAGAGGUACUCUCUUUGCCUGUGGAUUACCCCAAUGACGUUGAGUCUUUGUAUUACGGCGAUGACCUCUAUAUCAUCAUCACCCAUGCAAGUAGCACAUCAAAUCCAUUUUACUGUGAUGAAGUUCAUGUCUACAGAUUUGACAACCAAACAUGGGAGGCAGAGCUUGUUGUUGUUCAAAGUGCUCCUGAUGUCCAAGAUGUGGAUUUCUUUGUUUAUGAUGGACUCUAUUAUGUUCUGGUGGCGCAAUUUGGUGAUGGAAGCUCAAGCUCCACUGGACUAUUUGUAUACCUGUGGAAUAUAGACCAACACCCUGAUUCUCAGAUGUUUUUUUGGAUGCAGAGACUAAAGAUAUCGGAGCCAACAAUAGUAGAAACCAUCGUUGGUGGUGACACCCAGUUUAUUGUUGUUGCUGAGAGGCCACAUUCAGCUCUCAAUGUAGAGGCUGCAGUCAUGUAUGAGUGGGAAGGUGGUCAUAUGGACAAAUUUGCAGUUUUUCCUCAGGCCAAUCUGGUUAGUAUUGUACCGUUUUGCAUCUUCAGUCGAGUCUUCCUAGGCCUGGCAAGCAGUGCUUCGGAUAGCGGUGAACCAACGGCUGAAUCUCAGAUCCUUCUCUACAAUCUUCAUCUACACCAAUUUGAGAGCUUUCAAACAUUCACCACUUACGGGGCUCUUGAGAUGGACGUGUUCACGUUUGGCUCUGGCUUUGAAUUGGAAUCCUUUCUUCUUGUUGCCAACACUUACGAUGAGAAAGGUACUCAGAAGUUGUUUCAAUUCCAGAAUAUUACUAUCCAUGUGCCUUCAGCAACUCUUUCCUAGAUAGCUUCGAGUGAGAGUGAGAAUAAACAAAAUAAAGAUAUCUUGAACUGAAUGAUGAAUUGCAAAUUCAAGGAAGAAUAAGGAUAAA